AUGACCAUCAAUUCAGGGAAACCCGUGGUCCAGGAGAUAGGGACAGACCUGGCCCAGCUAUGGACUGCAGCGGUGGCGGAAUACGAAAAGGAGACGGGGAAGAGUCUCCGACUAGGAGCAUUCAAGAACAUGGAUGAGGCUAUGAAAGGGACUGAAGGCCUAACCCAGAAGUUCAAGAAUUUUCGAAGCAACAAAUCUAAGAGUGCUAAAGUGCGGACAACAUUUCAGAAUAAUUUAUGGCUCAUUCAGAAAAUCGUGAACGCCGCCCAGGUUGUCGGCACGAACCUAUCGUCGGCUUUCCCUGCUGCCAUGCCAGCCAGUUUGAUUUUCGCCGCCUUGGGGCAGGUAAUGCAGUCCUUCGCCGAUCACUCGGCCGAUUAUGACAAAGUCAUGGGGUUUUUUGAACUCACGCACCGAUUUUUGGACCGCUUGUCGAUCAUUGAAACAUGCUUAGAGAAAUGGUUUGAUAACUUGCUGAAAGGGGAGGACCCUGAUCUCGCUGCAGCCAUGAAGGAGUUGGAGGAGGCUGUGAAUGAAUUGAGCCAAGCGGUGGGUCUGACUACCUUGAGGAUGGUCGAAGUCCUAGAAGAGGUUGCUCAGAGCAUGGAUGGUAAAUUGGACUAUCUCGCCGUGAAGGCCACUGUUCUCGACGAGCGAACGGUGGCCAUCGAGACCAACACGGGUACGAUAAUGGACCAGAAUAAGAACCUGGGGUCCAAGCAGGAUGAGAUGACUGAGAUGCAACGAGCUACGCUAGAGAUGAUUAGUGAACAGACUCGACAGUUCAAUACCGUGAUUGGCUAUUUGGGAUCCAUCCAGAUGGGCCAGAAUCUCAGCGAGGACCUCGAAACCAAUCUGCUCAAGCUGGAUGUGAUCCGACUGCGACUCGCCCGUUGGGGCCAGUCUGUGGGACUGGCCAAUAUCAAUGACGUGAACUCUCUCAAAGAGGCGGAUAUCUUUCCCGAUGACCUCCCCCAAGUGUCUGAUCUUUUGACGGAAAUUUUAGAUCAAUUUGCAGAUGCUGAAAGGCUGUCGAAGCGGUUUCGACUCCGCCGUGGGAAUUCGAUGGCCGUGCUGGAUCCAGCAAGGGAAUUAGAUGGCGCGUCUGCAUUACUUCACCAGAAGAUGAAUGACCUCGUCACUCGCCGGAAUGACCAACUUCAACUGGACGCGAGACCCGAGUUGACUAUUUACGAAGUGAGGACCUUCUCACGCCUCAUUGAAGACAUCGGGGAGCUGGUGAGCGACCUGGUGGACUUGUUUCCGGCAACUCACGGCAUACAGCGUAGGCUGGCAGAGCAGGAGGUAUCAGAAAUGAAAACGAUCAAUGGCGCACUUCCAAUUCUAAAGAAUGUGACCGCCGACGAGGAUAGCCUGCUCGCAGAGACUGUGUCCAAAGCCAUUCGAGCUACGACGACUACUACGUACAACAACAGCGUCGUCUUCUCGGGUACCAACAACGGCUUUCAGGUUGGGAACAACAGUGGAAGAAUUAGCAAUGUCCGGUUGUCCUGA